UGAUUAGGAACAAAGAGUAAUACCGACAUAAUUUUGAAAGAAACUAUGAUAAAAUAAAUAAGACAAAGAGUGUAGCAAUCAGACAUCAGCGUUUUAAUGAAUGUUUCAUAAUUAUAUUUAUAUUUGUUUGAAAAUAUUAUAGCCAUUUGUUCCACUAUGAACUCCAGUCGUAUCAACUUGUUCCUAUAUUUAAAAGAAAAAAUUCUAUGGUGUCUUUGAUGGUUAUUUCAACAACAAAAAUCAAAGAAGUUGUAGUCUUGUAGAUAUCAACGGAGAGUAGGUAUAUUACAAACGUGCUGCGUUCAACAUAUUUCUCCAAUCCAGCUUUAGUGAAUUAAAUCUGAGGGGGGUUUGUCUGGCAUCUUGAAACCUUCCAACUCGAUCAGAGGCUAACAGUUGAGAAAAGGACUAAAAUCUUAUUGGGCCUGUUGGGAUUCAAAAGCCUAAAUCUUUAGAAAACCCUUUCUCUCUCUCUUCGAUUAGCCCCCCCCCCCCCCCCCCCCCCCCCCCCGGCGUAUCUCUCGUUCAUUUGAUACACAAUGGCUUCGUCUGCACCGCAGGGAUCUAUUGAUCCUCUCACCGGUAAAGAUCCGGCGAAAGCGUUGACCGCCGUAGCGUCUGGAUUUUUCGAGAAUGUGAAGAAAAACAAGCAAAGCUUCUUCCAGUUCGCCGCCAUGACUGGGAUCUUGCUUCUGAGCUUCCGAUCCGUAAGCCAGAAGUACCGAAUCCACGAUCUGGAGGAAGACACGGCUGUUCUCAAGAAGGAGAGCGAUACUUUGACGGAUCGUAUGAGUAAAAUCAAGAGCGAGCUUCUGCAUCAAGCGUCCAUCGACUCUUCCGGCGUCUUUGCUGCUCGACUCCGUCUACUUUUCGGCGAGGAUAAAAAGUGACCGGAGAUUGAAUUUAGUUUGAAGUCAACGAGGUUACGGUCAUGCGAUGUUAUGUUAUAGGUCUAUACAGAUGUCUCUGUCUUUGUCAGGAAUUUAGCGAAUGAAUAAGUACGGUUUGCAAGGUGAUGUGAUUCAGACAAUGGAGUAUCGUUUUGAUUUUGUGUGAAAUCGUGCUUGGUGUUUAUGUUUAUGAACGGUUAGGUUUUGCAGAUUUGUAUGAGGCAUUUCAUCGAACA